AUGAGUUUGGAGUACACAUCCGAGAGAGGCGUGGAACUGGUCUCGAAUGCUAAUAAGAUUGCCCAGAGAGUCAAGGAGCUGAACGAUAAGGCAAGACUGGUGUGUGUUUCGAAGUUCAAACCGGCUAGCGACAUCAAGGCACUGUACGACGCCGGAUACAGACAUUUUGGCGAGAAUUAUGUUCAAGAACUUUUGGAAAAGGCCAAAGUGCUACCAAAAGAUAUCCAAUGGCACUUCAUUGGCGGAUUGCAAACUAACAAAACCAAGGAUCUUGCGAAAAACAUCGAUAACCUGUACGCUGUGGAAACGAUCGACACCGAGAAAAAAGCUCGCAAACUGAACGAUGUGCGCGCGCAGUGUGGAAAGCCGAUAAUUAACGUCUACAUCCAGGUGAACACCUCAGGGGAAGAACAGAAGUCGGGCAUUGCUCCGGAAGAGUGCUUGCAGCUGGCGAAAAUCAUCGUCAACGAAUGUCCGAAACUCAAUCUGGAGGGCUUGAUGACCAUUGGGUCAAUUGUGCAGUCAAUCUCGAGCGACGAGAACCAGGACUUCAAGACCCUUGUGGAAGUUAGCAAGAAGCUGGAGGCCGAGCUCGGAAGAAAAUUGGAGCUGAGCAUGGGAAUGAGUAACGAUUUCGAAGAGGCUCUCAGACAGGGCUCGAGCUCUGUGAGAGUUGGAUCGAAUAUAUUCGGUAGCAGACCUACAAAAUAA